AUGUGCAACGUGACAGACAUGAUCAACAACAAUAUGAUGAAGGAUUAUUUGAAUUAUUCCAGGGAUACUGAGGGGGUCGAGCUCCAGGCUGACGGUUCAUACAUUGCCAAAUGUUGGAACAAGCUUGUGCAAGACAUCUUUGACAAAGGAUCUUCACAUGUACGGGCUGUCCUGAGCUGGGCUGUUGUGAGUCCUGCCCGAUACGCAGUCAUGCAGAAGUUGCCAGUGCCAAGCACCUGCCCUUUUUGUCAGCAGACCGUGGCUCCCACCUGGGACCAUCAAGUUUGGGAAUGCUCGUUCUUCCAUGAGACACGUCCCUCUACCAAACCUUCCUGCCCUUUGACUCAGGUUGUGGGUUGGCCAUCUGUCGAUGAGGAUCAUACCACGCUGGAGCAUAUGGCUCGCAUCAGGGCGGCCACGCUCUCUGACCGAUAUCGCUGCGAAUAG